AUGGAUGUAGUAGCGAAAGGGCGAAAAUUUACAACCUCUAUGGUUGACAUCCUGCCGUUAGAAGUGUUGGCGAACAUUCUAAGUGUCGUUGCCAAGUCAUCUCCUGCUGAUUUAUUUCGGUGCAAAUUAAGUUGUAAAACACUGCGACGGAUAGCCGAAGAAAAAGGGGUCCUUCAACAACUUCACCUCCGCUGGAUUAAAACACGAAUGUCGUGGCCACACCGAGAAGCGGCGAAGAAGUUCUUCAUGACGCGCGUGGAGAAUGAACAUCCUGAGGCAAUGCUUGACUUUGGCUUUCGACAAUACUUCAACACCCUGGUGCUAGACGAAGGCUUGACGAUGUUGGAAAGAGCAACUGCGUUGCAUAAUUCAAUGGAAGAAUAUGUAGUAAGCCUCAUAUACAUAUACACCGGACAAGAAGAAAGGGGUGUUAAGUUUUUGGAGAACACCAUCAACAACAUCGGAUCUGCAGGGAUAGUCCAGUGCAGAAGGAAGUUACGUCAGAUGGCGAUGUCAAAUAGGAUGCGCAACCAUAUGAUUAUUAUGAUUUGUCAACUUUGUGUUCAGGUUACACGCAAUGAAAUAUUUCGCAGUUCAGAACAACACACACAAACAGAGUGCAGUUUACCGUAG